AUGAAAGCUUUCACCAAUGUCACACUCUACGGCUCCAUGGUGAUGGCUUUGGUCCUGCUGUCCUUGAACGUGGCUGCUUUGAAGAGCAACAGAGCACUCCGGGAGCUGUACCUGUCCAACAAUAAUCUGAACAGCGAACAGGACUCUAUGCAGUUAGGAGACCUGCUCAGACACAACAGCUCAAUCACUACUCUGGACCUCAGCAACAACACCAUAGCAAACUCAGGACUGGAGGAGAUCUGUGAAGGUCUGAGAGUUCAGACAAAUGGACUGAAGGUUCUGAUUCUAUGGAACAACCAGAUCACUAACAAUGGACUGGUCCAUCUAGCCAAAGUUCUGCCUAUCCUAAAGACUCUGGAGACAUUGAACCUGGGGGAGAAUAACCUGCAGAACAGAGGUAUCCACACACUGAGGGAAUCUCUGAUGAUGAACCACUCACUUCUGCAGCUAGGCCUGGAACACACACACAUCACUUGUGAAGGUGCUGUGGCGUUGGCUGAGUUUCUAGCUGAGAGCCGUCACAUCCAGCGUCUGGACGUGCGUGACAACGAGGUCAGGGCUGGAGGUCUCAUGGCCCUCUCUCUGGCCUUACGAAUCAACCACAGCCUCACCUCACUGGACCUGGACCACACACCCAAACAGGAACAGGCCUGA